UCCAUCUUCUUCAUCUUCUUUUUCUUCUUUUUCUUCAUCAUCAUUUUCUUCUUCUUCUUCCCAUGAACUAUGCGAAAAUUUCACACAAACACCCAUAAAGAUCCAGUAACUGACACACGAAAUCCUUACAUGUACAGCAAAACCUUCCAACAACCCCAGCAGACAGGGAAACGAACACUCAGGGAACGACGACCCGGGAGGAGCUACAUGAUGACUUCGACGACCUCACCUUCACUCCGCGUGGCUGUCGCUGAGUGGGUGCCGUGGACGAAGGUGACGCAAGCAAACACCUCCCUCAGCAUUGCAGGACCCAUGGCGAAUCUUCUGUUUAUUCUUGCAAGCCGUCUUGGGUUCGAAUACAAGCUGGUGACAACGCCGGAUGGAGUCUGGGGCGCUCCGGACGCUAACGGCACGUGGAAUGGACUGCUGGGACUCUUACAGCGGCAGGAGGUGGAGGCGUCGCUUGGGCCUUUCGGGGUGACGCACCAGCGGGAGCAGGUGUGUGACUUCUCCUACCCCUUCCAUAGUGUCAACAUGGCCAUCCUCAUGAUCAGACCCACGAUGCAGAGUGACGUGGCUGGCUUCCUCCUGCCCUUCACCUACGUGGUAUGAUAAAGUGUCUUGCAUUACUAUCACUGCGAUAUGCGAGUUCAUUUCUCUUCUUUUUCCUCCUUCUCCUCU